AUGGGUGGUGGUAAUCAUUUACAAGCAUACAACCGAAAAAACGAAACCCCCGAGGAUAAAAAAAAUAGAUUAUUAGCUGAAAAAGCUGCUAAAAAACGUAGCGAUUCCAUUGAUAAAAUGUUAAAAGCCGAAAAAGAAAGAUUAAUCAAAACCAAAAGUGCAAAAUUACUGCUGCUAGGUUCUGCCGAAAGUGGCAAAACAACAGUUUUGAAACAAUUAAAAAUUAUUCAUGGAAAAGGUUUAGAGGAGGAACGUCAAUCAUAUCGUAAGAUAGUUCAUUUGAAUGUGCUUACUGCAAUGAAACUAUUGAUAACUGGACUUCAAUACUAUGAAUACGCUUUAAAACCAAAGAAUGAACCACAUCUUGAAAAUUUUCUUAAAUUGACUUCAAUAAAAGAUUCAUUGAAUCGUGAUUCUAUUAGUGUUCAGGCUGCUAUCAAAGAUCAGAAAUUGGAUGAUAGUGCUUUGGACUCGUUUAGUGAAUAUAUUGAAUCUGUUAAAGAAUUAUGGGCUGAUGACGCAAUUAAAAAAUGUUACGAUCAUGCUACUGAAAUUGGUUUACAAGAUUCUGCAAAAUACUUUCUAGAUAAUGUUGAUAGAAUUUCCAAGGAAGAUUAUUUACCAACAGAUGAAGACAUAUUACAAGCAAGAGUUAGAACAAUGGGAGUGACAGAACAUAAAUUUGAAGUAAAUAAUCUAAUAUUCAGAAUUUUUGACGUUGGUGGGCAUCGGUCUCAACGACAAUUCUGGGCUCCAUACUUUGAUGAUGUAGAUGCAAUAAUUUUUAUAGCGGCAAUAUCAGCAUAUGAUCAAACAUUAGAAGAGGAUAAUGAUGUUAAUCGUGUGCAAGAUUCAAUUCAACUAUUCGAAAAAAUAUGUAACCAUAACUUAUUUACAAAUACUGGAAUCAUUUUAUUCCUUAAUAAAAUCGAUAUUUUGAAACACAAACUUACAACAACACAAGUCAAAAAGUAUUUUCCUGAUUAUGAAGGUGAUAAUGAAUAUGAUAGUGUUACCGAAUAUUUUCAAAAUUUAUUUUUGGAUUGUAAUGAAAAUGAGGAUAAACAUAUUUAUACUCAUCUCACGCACGCUACAGACACAAAAUACAUGAGAGUAAUUGUAGCUUCAGUGAAUGAUAUUGUUAUAAAAAUUAAUCUCGCAAGAACUGUUAAAACUCCAAAAGAAGUUCCAACUUUAGGAUCAAGUGUUGUAAAACUACAAAGCAAUAUUAAGAAACAUAUAAAGAGAGACAUUGUGGGUUCAGGAGUUAAAAUACUUGAUCGUAAAGGUUAUCAAAGUUUUGCACCAACUUAUGAUUCAAUUGCUGAAGAUCACGAAGAAGAUUUUGAAGAAGACUUUGAUAAAUUAUUGGACGAAAAUUCAAAGUUACAUGCUCAUUUGAUAAGCUUACAAAAAGAAAGAUUUCUAAAGAAUCCUAAGCAAAAAUUACGUAAUAACUUGGUUAAGUUAUUUGGCGAUGUAUCACCGAAUGAUCUGUUAACACCUUUCAGUAUUGAAAAAACCAUGGAUUCGUUGACGACAUGUGAGCCAUUGGUUAAAGGAAAAUUUCCACCAAAUUCAUAUCCUGUUAAAGUGUUGCCAUCACAAGUUUCCAAAGAAAUAGUAUCAACGACUCAAUCAUACAAUAAUAAUUGGAAACAGCAACAAAUUUCUUUUCAACGAUACCAUCACAAUCUUCGAUCUGCUAAUCUAUUCAACAUAACUGAACUGUCUGAUUCAAUGGUAGAACUUGAGAAAGGUGAUUUUAGAGGCAGAGAUGACGGUGAUGAUGAUGUACCAAUAUUUGUAGUAAAUCUAUCAGUAGAUGAAGGAGGUUGGAAUACAGAAGCUGAUUGGGAUAUGGGAGAUGUUGAAGAUAAAUAA